UUUUAAUUAUGGCAUGGCGAACUGUCACUUGGUGACAUUUGAUCUUAACUCUUAACCUCAUUUUUAUGAAACCUUGAAAAACGUAUAAAGCGUGAAAUAAUCAGACCAAAACAAACUUUGGAGCUUUAAAAUUUUCCAGUCUUUAAAAUAUCGAAAUGGAUGACGAACCUUUGAUAUGCCUGCCCGGCCAGCGACUUUGCCUCUGUGAUAAGACAUACACCUCCGGCCAAGGAACUUACGAAAGACAGGGAUAUAUCUACUCACAACUAGCUGGAUAUGUGGAUAUAGUCGAAAAAGACGGAGUUAAGAUAGUAGAAGUCCAUUCUUCUGGCGAACAAACAGUGGUCCCUGCCCAGGGAGACAUUGUCACAGCUCAGAUAAGUAUUAUCACACAGGCUUAUGCAAAAUGUUUUAUAAAAUGUGUGGGCGACACAGUGUUACGGAGACCAUUCAGGGCCAUAAUAAGAAAGGAAGAUGUCAGAGCUACCGAGAAGGAUCGGGUAGAGAUUUACAAGUCUUUUAGGCCAGGCGAUAUUGUGCUGGGUAGAGUGCUACCAAUUACAGAAGCACAUGUGUACCAACUUACAACAGCAGAGAAUGAGUUGGGUGUAGUGAUAGCCCAUUCUGAACGGGGUCAUCCAAUGGUGCCCAUUAGUUGGACAGAAAUGCAGUGUUCAAAAACAUUCAUCAAAGAGCAGCGAAAAGUGGCCAAAGUGUUACCUGAAAAAAUUAGUAAAGACUUUAUGCAAAGCAGUAAAUGAAAAAAUCAUUCAACUUUCUGCAAACUGAGUAUAUUAUUGUUUAAAUUAUAUGAAACAGUGUUAAAAAAUAUAUUUUCAUUUUUAAGAUAUGAAACUAAAAAACUUUUUUACAAUUCAAGCUAAGUUGUACCAAAAGAUAUCAAAUAAAAAAUUAAUUAGCUCA